AUGGAAAACACAGACAAUAGCAACAAUAGCAAAGAUGAAGAAUCUUAUAGUUUACCUUCAAAUUCUAAAAACACGGCAUUGACGUUAAACGACUGCAAUUUCGAGAAUUUAGGGUUGGAAGCGUGGCUGAUCCAGGCAUUAAACUCCAUGUUAAUCAAGCGACCGACCGAAAUUCAAGUUGCAUGUAUACCAAAGAUUUUGUCCGGAAGGGAUUGUAUAGGCGAAGCGAAAACCGGUAGCGGUAAAACCGCUGCUUUUGCUUUACCGAUAUUGCAGAAAUUGUCAGAAGAUCCAUUUGGAAUUUUCGCACUCGUGUUGACUCCGACAAGGGAAUUAGCAUUCCAAAUUGCGGAUCAAUUUCGAGUUCUUGGUAAAGGCAUAAAUUUAAAAGAUUGCGUUGUAGUUGGCGGUCUUGAUAUGAUGGAACAAGCAUUACAGCUCUCAAGGAGGCCACAUGUCGUUAUUGCGACACCAGGUCGACUAGUGGAUCAUAUACACAGUAGUAAUGUUCAAGCAAAUUUUAACAGAGUUAGGUUUUUGGUACUUGACGAAGCUGAUCGCUUGCUGUCCGAUACGUUCGCCGAGGAUCUUGGUGUUAUACUUGACCAUAUACCUUCAAAAAGACAAACCUUAUUGUUUACUGCAACGAUGACGGAAAAUAUCCUGGCUCUAAAAGAUUCCGAAGAUGAUCCUGAUAAGAAACCUUUUGUUCAUCGAGUAAAAUCAAACACGUCAACUGUUUCAACUUUAUCCCAAUACUACGUGCUCGUUCCAUCACAUAUCCGCGAACCAUAUCUAAUUCGUCUGUUGAGAUCCGAAGAAUUUGCAGAUAAAUCCGUAAUAAUAUUUUGCGGUCGAUGCAAAACUGCAGAGUUGCUACGAGUGAUGUUGAUGGAAUUAGAUAUACGAUGUACGGGUUUGCAUUCUACAAUGAGUCAAAAAGAAAGGUUAAAUAGUUUAGGAAAAUUUAAGGCAGAGGUUGUUAAGGUGCUAAUCGCUACAGAUGUUGGAAGUCGAGGUCUAGACAUUCCGACAGUGCAACUUGUGAUCAACUUUGAUAUACCAAGAGAUCCAACCGAUUAUAUUCAUCGAGUCGGUAGAACUGCAAGAGCAGGUCGAGGUGGUGUCGCAUUAUCCAUUAUAACAGAACGUGACAUAGAGCUGGUUCGCAAUAUUGAAGCCAGAAUAAAUAAGAAAAUGGAAGAAUGGAAAGUUAACGAAAAUAAAAUCUUGGAAAGUUUGAAUGAAAUAACUACCGCGAAACGCGUUGCAACGAUGCAUCUCCAUGAUACAAAUUUUGGUGCCACUAAGGAAACUCGGAAAAAGAAACGUUCGUUUUAUGAAACAGAUACUAAAACCGCUGGUAAUAGAAAUUUUCAAACAAAAGAUCGAAAGUCGAGUAAAAAGGUAAAGAAAAAAUAG